CAAAACCAAAACAAACCACACUAUCAAGUGAUUUCAACAUCAAAUGUGAACAAAUUUAUCAUAAAAUUAGCCCAAAAAUGUUUAAAUAUUCGUUAGAAAGGCUGAUGUCCCAUAAAAACUUGUGCAAAUUGAGUCAAUUUCGAUGUAUGUCCCAUACACCCACCAGCAUCAAGGAUGUCACGAGCGGGAAGCACCAAGCCGGGGACCAGAUCAACAUUAAGGGUUGGGUUAAAUCCGUUCGCAAGCUGAAGGAACACGUUUUCCUGGAUACAAACGACGGCUCAUGCAGUCAAAACCUGCAACUGGUGGUCAGCAAAGCCCAGCUCAACGGAACUGCCUACGGAUCCUCCGUCAAUGUUAGUGGGACCCUAGGACUCACUCCGAAAAAUCAGCACGAGCUCAAAGUCGAACAAUUGGAAGAACUCGGCAGUUGUCCUCUCACCGAAGGGUAUCCUUACUAUCCGAAGAAAUCCUACCCACCGGACUACAUCCGGAAUCAUCUUCAUCUGCGGCCGCAGGUUUCCUCUCUCGCUGCGACUUUGCGCGUUCGGCAUCACGCAACAAAAUGCUUCCACGACUACCUCGAUCGGAAAGGAUUCUUCCAAAUUCACACUCCCAUCAUCACGUCCAAUGAUUGCGAAGGAGCUGGGGAAGCAUUCCUGGUCCGACCGGCUAAUCCAGAACUGCUCAAGCAAAUGGCCAAGAAAGACGUUCCGCUAGACCGAGCCUAUUUUGAUCGGCUGGCUUACCUGACCGUAUCCGGCCAACUGCACCUGGAAGCAAUGAGUCACGGAUUGGGGAAGGUUUACACCUUUGGUCCAACGUUCCGCGCGGAGAAUUCCAAAUCACCGAUUCACUUGAGCGAGUUCUACAUGCUGGAGCUCGAGGAGGCUUUCAUGGACAACCUGAAGGAUUUGAUGAACCGAAUCGAAUCCAUGCUUAAACAUGUAACUAAAUCACUGCUAGACGUUGCCUCGGAAGAUGUGGCCGCCGUCAGGAAGCUGACCACCGAUUCCACCUUAGAGGAUAGCUUCCGAUGGUUGGACAAGCCUUACCCUAGAAUCACCUUCCGGGAAGCCAUCGACCUGUUGGAGCAAAACCGAUCCAAGCUGAAGUCCCCCGUUCGUGCCGAGGAAGGUAUCAACAAGGAACAGGAACUGUUCCUGGUGAGCCACCUCCAAUGUCCCGUGUUCGUGACGGAUUGGCCGAAGGCGAUCAAAUCGUUCUACAUGCGGCAGAAUCCCACCGAUCCCGAGCUAGUGGAUGCGUUGGACUUCCUGGUGCCGCACGUGGGUGAGCUGGUCGGGGGAAGUGUCCGCGAAAAUGAUUACCAGCGGUUGAAGGCAAAACUGCCGGAUCAGGAAGCACUGAAGUGGUACUUGGAGCUGCGCCAGUUUGGAUCCGUUCCAACGGCUGGGUUCGGAUUGGGGCUGGAGCGAUACCUUUGCUGGGUGCUGAAUGUGCACAACAUUCGGGAUGUGAUACCGUUUCCGCGGUGGGCCCAUAACUGUGGUAUGUAAUUAAGUGAGAGAGGAAAUGAACGCAGUUCUGUUACGUUG